UAUAUACGCAAGAGACAUCAUCCAUUCCAUGAAAACAAUAUCUGUAACCCGCGCCGCAUCGUGAAGCAUCAGGGAUACAAUAACUUGUUCAUAUUCAUAAAAUCUCACAAUGGCAUCCGGAAGUCUGAACGUAUUCAAGCAGCCUCUCAAAAUGUUCUCGCAGCAGCCUGUGACGGGCUAUUUCCGGGACGGAUACUGCCGCACGGGCGGGGACACGGACCCGGGCAACCACGCCGUCGCAGGGAUCGUGACGGACGAGUUCCUCGACUUCUCGGCGUCGCGCGGCAACGACUUGCGCACCAUUGGUCUCAAGGGAGGUUGUCGUUGGUGUCUCUGCACGGCCCGCUGGCUCGAAGCAUACCAGGCCUAUCGCAGCGGCAAGGUCACCAAUCUGGGGGUCCCGCGCGUCGAUCUGGAUGCUACUGAGGACACGGCGCUGGGCAUGGUCGACAUGAAUACGUUUCGUCAGUUCGCGGUGCAGGGGCCCGGGCAGAAUGGAACAAACGGGGGCACGGGAAGUACUAGCUCGUGAACAUGGGUAUAAUAUGCCCGUUAGUUGUGGAUGCGUAGUGAGUGUCUUUUGAUGAUAGAAGUGUAGGGUUUUGCUGAAGUAUGGAUGAUUAAUGUGUUGAUAAUCCACCUACCUACGUGGCUCAAUAAGGGGCAUCUGUUGCCGUAGCAUAUGAUUCGCGAUCCCGCAACGGGAAGACGGAACUUGAUAAUCAAGAUAUAUGUCUUCCUAUAAUAAACGUGCAGACUACGUAGGGUCUCAUCACAUAGUACUUGCGGUCGUUAGGAUCUGCUGUCACAUCAUGUUGCGGGUUUGUAGGCAGCAUAUCUCAUAUAGACCGAGUACGGUAGCAUCAUCACUGAAUAUCCAAAACGCUCACUAUUUG